AUGCAUAUCCAUGACGAUGAUCCGCAAGCUAAGAGCGACUUUGAACAGCAGUCGGAAAAAGUCCAAGCCGAGUUCGAGAAUCUGAACGAGAAAGAGGUAAAAGAACUUGUGCGCCAAAUGUUCAAAAACGUCAACGAUAUGUACAUUAAAAGGUCUAAGGAGAUUGAGAAUUACAUCAUCAGAAAAAUGCCUACGGUGCCAGCAAGAGGCUCUUAUAAAACAAAUGAAGAAUAUGGAAAAGCAUUUACAGAGUAUAAAAAGGAUUUCGAGUCGUACAAAAAACUCGUUUCCUGGGGUACGGCCUUCGUGAACUGGUUGGCCAAACUGUUUGAUACUAUCAUCAAUUUCAUUAAAGACUCGUGGACCUGGUUGAAGGCCAAGAUUCAUGAUAUUUCUGCAAGAAUUCAGUGUUUUGUCAAGAAGAUAGGGGAAAUGCUUAAGAAACUGUAUAGCGUAAUUUUUAUUAUGUAA